AUGCUGUCGUUGGAUGAUCAUCCACAUGACUACAAGGCGCUAACAAAGACGUAUAUGGAAAUAUUCAGUUCAUCAAAGUUUACAAAUCUCCUCAAUACAACACAGACAGGCUAUGCACAUUCAUCGCAUGGAAUCGAAUUCCGCAUCUUUUUCAAAACUUUAUUUGCGUCGGUUUUUCUCUGUACAAUCGAAAUAACAUUAUUCUGCCUUUUAAGACCGAUAUUCACUGAAUUAUACCAACCACGAUGUUUCUGCGUCCCAAUUACUGAGCGAAUAGAAAGAUUGCCGCGUGGACUACUCCAGUGGAUCAUGCCAACAUUGAGAACCAAUAUCAACACUUAUAUGUCAUUGGGAUUGGAUGCAUAUUUCUUCAUCCGGUUCCUAUCCGUACUAUUAUUGUUCUUCAUUCUCAUUGGUACACUCAACAUGCUCAUAUUGAUCCCUAUAAAUUUCACUGGAAACUCGGCCACUUUUUCUGCUCAAGGAUUGGAUAAAUUGAGUAUUUCCAAUAUUGCAGAUGCUAAUGUGCCACGACUAAAUGCCCAUUUCAUCAUGGGGUUAUUAAUUGUUGUAAUAUUCCAUUGGUUAAUAAUUUAUGAGUUCCAAAGUUUUGUCCUCAUCAAACAAUCUUACCUUCUUUCAGAAUAUCACAAGAGGCUAACAAUGUCAAGAACAUUGUUAAUUACCAACGUGCCCUCACACUUGCAGUAUGAACAAGUUUUAAAAGACAUUUUUCAAACAAUACCUGGCGGUGUUAAAAAAUUAUGGUUUGUAUACGAAUUUGAAGAGAUAGAUUUCCAUGUUCAAAGGGCCAAGAAUGCAUUGCAAUUGUUGGAAGAGUCUCAAAUCUUGCAAAUGAAAAAAUAUUACUCCCUGACUACGAGAAGAACAAUGAUGUCUAGAUGGAUGUCUUGGAGAUUAACCUGGACUUUGCCUUGGGAAAAUCUCUGUAAAAUUUCUUGGAGCAAAUUUAGCUUUAAGAAAUAUCCCGAGAAAAAAAAUUUAGAGGUAAAGUUCUACCCUCCAAUAGAAUACAGAUUUACCAAAAUCCCCAAAAUCAAUUGCAGUUGCCAUAUAAAAUUGCCUGGUUGGUUAAGAAUCUUUGCAUUACAAAGACGUGUUUCUCUAAUAGAAUGGGCAUUGUCGGUGUUACAGGAAAGUCAGCUGUUUAUUGAUGGAGAAAUACAAAAGAUGACAAAUGACCAACUUGGCAAGCACAACAAUGUGUUUAUUGAGUUCCAAGAUUACAAAGGUGCAUGUAUGGCUAACCAGUGUCUCCUUUCUCAAAGCCAAGGAUGUUUUGAUAAAACUUUUAUGGAAGUUCAUCCACAAGAUAUUAUCUGGAGAAAUGUGUCAAGAACUGAUGGUAUCAUGUGCAAGUUUGAAAAUUACCUAGUCACCAUCUUGUUCAUCAUUAUUACUAUACUCUAUGUGGUACCUGUGUCGUUGGUCCAUUCAAUCUCUGAAUUAGCAGUCAUCACACACAUGAUACCUUUUCUCGACUGGAUCUAUCAAUUCCCAGAAGAAGCAAAACAAACCAUUUCUGGUUUUCUUCCUUCUAUUUUCUUGACUGUUUUGACCGAAAUCGUACUAAAAAUGUUUAGGUUUCUUAUAUGCUUUAAGGGAAAAGUCACCGGAGCUGAAGUAGAGGUUGGUUUGCAAAAAUGGUUCUUUGUUUUCCUUUUUGUUCAACAGUUCCUUGUUGUUACCAUAUCAUCAAGCAUCACGGUGGUUCUCCGUCAGAUCAUUGAUCAACCUACUUCCAUACCAGUAUUGCUCGCAACAAAUUUGCCCAAGUCGGCAACUUUUUUUUUUCGAUACAUAUGUCUUAGAGCAUUUGCUCUUUGUGGAAAUAAUUUCCUCCGUUUCACGCAAUUAGUCUUGCGAAACACAUACUACAAAAUCAUUGAUAUAACACCAAGGCAAAAAUUCCAUAGGCUAACGAAAUUGUCACUGAUAAAGUGGGGUACAACUUUUGCCGUAUACUCCAUUUAUGCAUGUAUCGGUAUUGCAUUUUCCAUAAUUUCCCCCUUGAUAUCAUUAUUUAUCAUAUUUUUCCUCAGCUUAUCCAUCUUAUACUAUAAGUAUGCUUUAAAUUAUGUCUAUAGCCACAUCAAUAUUUCGGAAACAAUGGGCAGAUUAUAUCCAAAUGCAUUAUUGCACAUGUACACAGGAAUUUAUUGUUCUGAAUGUUGCUUAAUAGGCAUACUUUUCCUUUCAAAAGAUUCUUCUGGUAAAUGUGUUAUGCAAACGCAAGGAUGGAUCAUGACCGGUGUUUUGUUUGUCACCAUCUUCAUCAACGCGAUAAUUUAUAACAUAUACUCGCCUUACUUUGCCAAUCUCCCCAUCUUAUCAGAUAGAGUUUGUAUGAAGGAAAAAGAGACUAAACAUGAGUCAUCAGAAGAGGCUACUCCCAUUGACAGUGGUGUUAGUCUUACUGGCUAUAAUACUUUGUACCUUCAUCCAGCUUUCAAGUACCAUAAACCCAUUGUUUGGUUACCAAAAGAUCCGCAUGAAAUGUGCAAGUUACAACUUGAGGAAAUUGAGAUCAGAUCGAACACAAUGUUUAAAGGAGAUACAAAAGGAGCAACUUUGCAUGUUAGCCCUCAGUUUGGCAAUAUUCAAGUAACAGUAUCAGGAGCACCUCCAGAUAUGUUAUAA